AUGCCGCCGCGCAACAGGACGCUCGAUCUGCCCGUCGCCGUCAACGAGUCCAUCUCGCUCGACCUCGACCCGCUCCCUCCCGCAGAGGAUGUGCAGGUCUUCCUCGAGGCGCUCGCCUACGAGCGUCCCGCCUCCAAGUACUGGACUCGCCUCUCCUCCCAGCUCUUCAUCGAAGGUCGCAUCGACGAGGCGGUACAAGUAGCGUCCAAGGGCGUCCAGGUGCUCGAAUCCUACAAGCCCGCAGAGACGAUCCCGCUGCGCGCAUUCCUCGCCGCCGUGUCGCUCAACAGCGCGCGCACCGCUCCCAAGCUCAUCCUCAACGACGCCAGAUACCAGCGCCUCGGCAAUCAGCAGAUCAAGGACGACUUCUACAGGCAGUCCAACCAGGCCCAAUCGCCCGCUACCACGCUCGAUCCAAAACAGCACAUCAACCAGCUCUCCAAAGCCAUCUUCCUCACCACCACAGGUCAGAACGAAGGCGCACUCGUCGUCUUCGAUGCCAUCCUCAACGCAAACCCCAGGCACGCCCUCGCCCUCCUCGGCAAGGCUUGCAUCCUCCUCCGCAAGCGCCAGUACGCCCCCGCGCUCAAGCUCUACCAGAACGCGCUCGAGGUCAGCCUGCUCGUACAGGCAAACGCCAACGAAAACGCAGACAUCCUCGGCUGGCGCGGCCCCGACCCUCGCGUCGGCAUCGGCCUCUGCCUCUGGGGUCUCGGCCACCACGACGCCGCCAGAAAGGCCUGGAAGCGCGCCGCAAACGUCAACGCCAACAACGCCGCCGCUCACCUCCUCCUCGGCAUCUCCAGCCUCAACCUCGCAAAGCAGACCGCACGCCUCGUCCCCGGCACCUUUGGCGCGCACGUAGACCGAUCCGAGGAAGAAGCCCGCGAGCUCGCCUACACCGAGGGCAUGCAAAGCCUUCAGCAGAGCUGGAAACUCGACAAGAAGAACGCAACCGCCGCCGUCGCCAUGUGCGAGUACUUUAUCAACAGGGCCGCCCAGGCCGAGAGCCAGCCUGGCUCCACCAUCGAGGUCGAGCAGGCCGCCAUGGCACACUACGCCACCGCGCUCAAGCUCGGGGAACACGCGAUCCAGUAUGCAGAGGCGCGCGUCGGCGUCAACCACGCACAGCUCAUCUAUGCGCGCGCCGCCCACCUCGCCUCCCAGCUCACCAUCAACGCCACCCAGCCCGAGCUCAGGCUCCAAGCGCAGCGAUACUACCAGCGUGUCGUCGAAGACGUCACCCGCGCCCUCUCCAGCGCCACCGCCGCCAGUGCGCCCAACAGCGCGCAGCUCAACCUCUUCCUCUCCCUCGCCAGUCUCGGCCUCGCUCAGUGCCAGGUCGCCAAUCGCGAUCCGCUCGCUGCCAUCAACACGCUCGACGUGCUCUCCACCAGACCCGCCAGCACCGUCUCGGCUACGCAAACCGUCGAGCUCUCGCUGCUCGCCGCCAGCCUGCGCGCACAGUCGCAUCCCGGUGCCACCGCCGCAGAGCGACGCGACGACGCAGAGCGCGCACGCAUCAUGCUCGACCGCACUCUUCGCCUCAUCGAGGCCGCCAAACUCGACGCCUUUGGCCCUCAGGCGCUCUUCACCCAGCCCGAUGAGUUGCCGGACGCCACCAAGACCUCGGUGGCUACGGCAGAUGCGGCGACCGACGUGCCACCUGCGCUCGCAAAGGCUUCGCUCGCCAUCCGCACCGAAGAUCUGUCCAAGUCCGCGCUCGAGGCCAUCGCCAGUCUGGGCGCCGAUCCGCUCACGCGCGUCGAAUUCGCAGAGCUGCUUCAGACCGAGGACCUCGCGCGCGCCACCUCGGCGUAUGCAGAGGCUCUCGAGCUCGCCAGAGCCAAGGCUGGCGCUAGCGCAGACGACGGCAAGAUCCAAGACGACGAGAACGCCAACAACGUCGCGCUGCUCGCCAGCCUCGAGACGUGCCUCGGCGCCGUACUUGCCAUGCGUGCCACCGACAUCCCCGCAGCGGACCCGCAGCGCGACGAGGAACGCUCCUGGCUGCUGCAGCGCGCCAUCGCGCGCCUCGAGUCGGCCGUCACUGCUGCUGCCGACGCCGUGAGUGCGUUUGGCGCCACGGCUGCCUCCGCCACCACCACGGCGAGGCUCGAGGCGCAGCGCACCGUCGACGCCGUCAAGCUCAUCGCCUCGUACAACCUCGGCCGCGCCAACGAGGAGGCCGACAACCUCGACGUCGCGCGCCAGGCGUACAAUGCGCUGCUCGGCGCGCACCCCGAGUACAUCGACGCCAAGGUGCGUCUGGCGAUCCUCAGCGUGGCGCACGUGCCCGCCGACGCCGUGGGCGCAGAGGCCGCAGCAAAGAUGAAGGCGAGGCGCGAUGCGGCGAAUGCAUUGCUCAAGGAGGCACUCGACUCGGACCCGGGCAAUCUUGACACGCGCGCCACGUACAUCUGUUUCCUGGCUGGCGAGUUCGCAGCGAGCCCCACGCCGGCCUGGGCGGCGAUCAAGGAGUUUACCGCGCGUCUGUUUGCGAGUGCCAACGACAAGGCGGCGCACGCAGCGUUUGGUGGUGCGGCGGCGGCCAAGGCGGCGACGGAGGCGGGCAGGCGUGACGCCCACACGCUCGCGUCGCUCGGCUGGACGUACUACCAGCUGGCCAUCCACGCGUCCGGACCGACGGCCAAGGCGGAGCGCAGCAAGAACAUGACGCGCGCCACGGAUCUGAUGGGCAAGGCGCUGGCCGAGGAUGCGCGGUGUGCGUUUGCGGCGCAGGGCAUGGCGAUCUUGAUUGCCGAGGAUGCCUUUGCCGAGAUGGCGGGCGGCACCUCGUUGACGCUGCCCGGCGUGCUGGGCGGGGCGCCCGAGGAGCGACGCAAGAAGAACGCCGACGAGGCGUUUGCGAUCCUGGGCAAGCUGCGCGAGGUGCGCGACGAGCCGAGCGUGCACGUGUGCAUGGGCCACGUGCUCAUGCAGAAGGAGGAGUACGAGCGUGCGCACAAGUCGUACGAGCUGGCGGCGCGCCGCUCGGUGGGGGCGGCCAAGGCGGCGGUGGUGCAGUACGUGGCGCGCGCCGAGUACGCGAUCGGGAUGAAGACCAAGUCGUUUGCGAGCCUGCAGAGCUCGCUGGCGCAUCUGGAGGAGGCGCGCACGCUGCUGAUGCACGAUCGCGGCGAGGCCCAUCCAGAGUGCCGCCAGAUCGAGUACAACUAUGCCGUGACGGCGCACAAGGGCUUGCAGAUGCUGUUUGACCUGCAGAAGGACCGCAAGACGGCGCAGGCGCUGCGCGAUGCCAUGGCGGCGGUGCAGCGGGUGCAGCCGCUGCUGGUGGCUCCUGCCGACGCGAGCUCGCCGCAGCCGACGCCGCUGGGCAAGGAGGGAGCGCUGCUGGAGGCGGCUCGGCGCGGGCAGCUGCUGUGGAUGACGCCCGAGAUCGUGGAGCAGCGCGGCAAGUACGGUGCGUCUUCGCUGGUGCAGAGGGCGACGGCGGCGCUGGCGGACCAGGAGAGCUACGAGGCCGAGGUGCAGAAGCACAAGGAGGCGGUGGCGCUGGCGCGGCGCGAAAAGGAGCUGGCGCGCGAGCAGGAGCGCAUGCGCAAGGAGGAAGAGUACCGUGCGCAGGUGGAGCAGAUGGCAGAAAAGCGCAAGGCGCUGCGCGAGGAAGCGGCCAAAAUCGAGUACCUGCGCGAAACUACCCCAGAAAAGGAGCCACGCCGUCGAUCCAAGCGGGACGACGUUACAUCGGGCGAGGAAGAUGCCCCCGAUGCGGCGGCGGAGAAGGGUCGCAAGCGCAAGCGUGCUGCGGGCAAGAAGAAGAAGAAGGCUGCCAAGAAGAGUGCCGAUUCGAGCGAUUCGGGCCUGAGCGACGACGAUGCGCUCUUCGGGGGUGCGGCGAGCGGCAGUGAGAGCAGCGACAACAACGACGACGAGGAUGGCGACGACGAGAUCAUCCGUAACGGCGCCAAGCUUCUUGCCGAGGAAGGCGGCGAGGCGGGUGGAACGCGCAGUGGCAAGUCGAGCAAGCUGUCCAAGCUGGCCAAAUCCAAAAAGAAGGGCACGCGCAAGUCGGCGGGCGAGAGCGGCAAGAAGCGACGCAAGAGCCUCAGACGUGCCAAGGCGCGCGAUACCGACGACGACGACGACAACGACGCGGGAAGUGGCGGAGAGAGCGUCAGCAAGAGCCGCAAGGCAGUGUUUGACGAGAGCAGCGACGAGGAUGGCGAGCCGAGCGCAAAGAAGGCCGCCACGCAGAAGAGGACCAAGAAGGCGCGCGUGACCAACGACAUGAUCGACAGCGACGAGGAGAUGGCACUGCUCGAUAUGGAUUAG